AUGGGCACCCCGAUAAAUCGUGAAGAGAUCGACCGCGUGCUGCGACAGAAACGCAAUCAGCGCGAGGCUCGAGCGUGUUAUCCUUGCCGCCAGCGCAAGGUGAAAUGCGACAGCACUCAGCCCUGUCGAACAUGCCGUCGAAGGGGUCAUCCCCAAAUAUGUGUGUAUGAUCAAGAUUCCUCAGGGUCUAAAAAGUCCCGUAAUAUCAACCAAAGACAUUCCUCGGCUGCUCCUCGCGGACCAAAUCAGACAUCAGUCACUGAACAGGGACUCGAUGCCGAGCCACAAACUCUGCCCUCAACACGCAGUUUACCAGAGGUUCAGACGGAGACGAGGCAGUACUAUAGUGCUCGUAUCCCAUCUUCCGAUGGUCCCGAUAAUGACAUUGUCUACUCGGGCGACAACUCGGUAUUAUCUUAUUUGCGUAAUCGCACGCAAGAUACCAAUGGCUCCAUGACCCGUGAGGUGGGCUCUGUUCUAGGCCUGCAAAAUACUUACGGCAGCUAUCCGUUUAUGGACUUCCGAACGCCUCAGGACCGGUGGAGGGAGCUUCUACGAAUCAUCCCACAGCGAACGGAACUCUUGAAGUUUUUUCAUUGCUAUAAAAUAUCAGCCCACCCUUUCAACCCUAUCAUACUUGACAUUGAGAGAUUUGAGCAGGAUAUGUGUUCAUAUCUCAAUGCUCUUGCAGCAGGAGAGCUGCAGAACACUUCACAGAUUUGUGAACGUUGGGCCACUGAUCGGUCUGUCGGGAUGAUUAGCCUGCUACUUGCGGCCUUGGCUUCUGGUGCGCAUUAUUCUGAUCUGGAUUACAUGCAAAGGACCGAGCUAUACCAGGACUUCGCCAAACGAUCCUUUCAAGCUCUUCGACUAGCCAACUUUCUCUUCCGUCCGACGAUGGACAUCAUACAAGCACUCUUGAUCAUAGGGAACACUCUGCAAAACAAUGGCCAGUCUGAUGCAGCAUGGGCUUUGUUGGGGACAACAGUCCGUCUUGCACAGACAUUGGGUCUUCACACCGAAAAGAGUGUAGCACACCUACCAGACCAUGUCAAAUACAAAGCACGAAAGCUAUGGUACACUGUUGUUUGGCAAGAUUGCCUGCUCUGUUUAUGUUACGACCGGCCUCGUGUGGUCUCCAUGACUGGGUGGGCUCCAGAUUAUUCGAUUCUCUCCAGCAACGAACUUUGUUUUACUGAAGCCAUGUAUUUUCUAUGCCAAAUUGCGUUGAACAUGAUCACAACAGAUGGUCCCGAAAUACCGGAAAAUGCGCGACAGCUUGACAUUUUGGCCACGAUUGAUAGCCUCAAUCAACGCACUCAGCCACAUCUGCGUGACCGCCAGGAAUGCAAAAGCCUCCAACACAACCUGGAGCACCUGGCUUUGCGAAUGCAUAUGUCUCUAGCCAUUUCCGUCUUGACACGUCCAGCGCUGAAGCGCACUGUUAUGCAAGACGCGUCCUAUGAUAUUUUGCGCAGCCGCGCUAAACUGAGCCUGAUCGACGCUUCUAGGGCCUUUUUGGAUUUUCAGGCUCUUAGUGCUGUCCCCCUCCGAACCUGGUCAAUGGUGCACACAGUUCUGAGUUCCACUUUACUUCUCAGCAUUUGGGAGGAGACCCGAAAUGAUCCCGAGUGCCGCGAUUUACAGCAAAAGGUGAUUGAGGUCUUCUCUGCCGCAGGUUCAGUGGGCACAGUGGAGAACACAACAUCGGAGAACGGGCAAUGGCUAUCGGAACGGCAUAUACGGGCGUUAAUCACUCUGCGCAAUGCGGUUCGAACGGCAGUUGAACGUGAAAAGGGGGAAGCAAAUGUUGAGACAGAACGCGCGGAACAGCCCCAGCCAUUUUUUCCUGUCUAUGGUAUGCCGAACGGGAUCCCGGACGACUUCGGUCAAGACUUCUCACCAGCCAGCUAUCUUGACUCUAUCAUGAAUGUACCCAUGUUUGACUUAUCCAAAGAGCUGGGUUUUCUUUGA